UGUGCUGUCGACAUCAAACAGGCAGUAACACGUUUUUGCAACUAAAUCACAGCCAUUGACAUAACAUACUAUCUAAUUCGAUGCAAUUUGAGUUCAAAGCGAUUUUAUAAGAAAAUCUGCUAUAUUUCCAACAGUUUUUCCCUAAAAAAGAAUAUUAGGCGUGCGGAACCAUUGAAAAUCGAUUAAAAAAAUUUACAAAUGGAAAAUAACAGGAGUCACAAUAUCCCGUCGAAGACCGUGUCAAUGACAAUGGGCGAAAGCAGCACUCAGUGUAUCAUUGAUCCAUCCGAAAUCAAACAAGAGACGGACAUCAAAGAAGAACCACAGUCUGUUGGCGUAUUGAUUGACGUUCCUGCAAUGGAUAAGCGCGAUGUUGGAGGUGUGUUUGAUUCCAACGAAUAUCCCGUCGAAUAUGAUUUUGAACAGUUGAAUUAUGACGAAGUUAAGACCGAAGUGAAAACAGAGACCGAUGAAAAGAAAGAAGAAAAUUCGAAGAAGAGCGGCGAUUCGGCAGACGAUCGAGGUGAUGGUCAUCAAAAUCUGAUACAACAACCACAAGCUGAAGACAAUCCAAUGUCGAUGGAUAUUGGCAAUGAAGGGAACAACGUAAAGAAUCGAGGUGGUAAAGGUGGCGAUCAAAAAAAGACAGCAUCAAAGAAACAUAAAUGUGACGUCUGCGAAUAUAGCGCCGAAUUCAAGUCGAAGUUAGACAGGCAUUUGCUUAAACAUAGUGACAAAAAGCCAUUCGGAUGCGAUUACUGCGCAAAACGUUUCACAACCAAGCGAGCUCUCCAAUGGCACAAGAAAGCUCAUGUUAAAAAGUUGUUGUUCCGUUGCGAUGGAUGUUUGGAAGGAUUCGAUGACAAAGAUGAUAAGAAUGAGCAUCAGACGAAUUGCAAGACACUCCGUUAUGAAUGCCAUAUUUGCAAGCAAUCUUAUGGAUCGCUGAAAACAAAUUUUAUUGCUCAUAUGCGUGUUCACAGUGGAAAUAAACCAUUUGAAUGCAAAGAAUGUUUGAAGCAAUUUACAUCAAAGCAAAAUUUAAAUGAGCAUAUGAAAUUGCACGCUGUUUCACCAUUGUUCCGCUGUUCAAAGUGUCGCCGAGGAUUCUUACAACAGGAUGAACGGAAAUUGCAUGAAGAAAAAUGCAAUCGAAAUGUCUAUGAAUGUUACAUUUGUGGUAAAUUAAUUGGACCGAAGAAGACGAAUUUGGAACAACAUAUGCGCGUACAUACUGGUAACAGACCAUUCAAAUGCCAACAUUGUUUGAAGCAAUUCAAACAGAAAAUCAAUCUUGAUGUCCACAUGAAAUUGCAUACCAAGAAGCAACCAUUCAAAUGUUCGAUUUGUCAUGAAGGUUUUACGAAGCAAACAAAAUGCAAAGCACACGAGCGAAGCUGUCGUCGGCGGUGUUAUCAUUGUCAUUUAUGUGAGAAAUUUUUUGGUGCAAAAAGAAUGUAUUUGGAAGGGCAUAUGGCGAAGCAUUCUGGUGAAAAACGCUUUCGUUGUGAGCUGUGCCGUCGUGCUUUUACUCAAAAGACCAGUCUCAAUAGACACAUGAAAAGUAUUCAUAAAAUGAAACUGUAAUACUAGCUGACGAAGCCGUGGAGAUAAAUUCCAAUUGAAAUCCAGCAAACUCACACAAACAAUUUCAUUCGCAAAA